GUAAAUCACUGGUUCCAUGACAUCGUCUCCGGCAUCAUCCACCGCCGUCUCCUCUCUGUGGCAUCACUCCCGCACAAUGACCUGAUCCUCGAGUGCUACCACCCAGCCGCCAAGACGUCCACGCCCUACCUGUCGUGUCGAUACCAGGACACCAAGAAACAGUGCCCGGGGGGCGACCUCUGCACCGGCGCCUGCGACAACGAUCCCACGCUGCACGACCUGAGGGGACUGUACUCGUCAUUCCGCCCCGUCCUGGACGAGCGACAACGGCAGAUUCUGCAGCUGCGCAAGCAGCGGCAGCAGUGGCAGCAGCAGCGCCGGGAGAGCGUCAACUCGUCUGCCCCCCAGGGCGACGUGGCUGACACGGCCUGCCAGGAUAUCUUCCUCGACGACGGCCAGCUGUUCUCCCAGCUCUGCGCCGUGACCAAUGUCGUCAAGGCCGGCCCCCGACCGGGCCUCUUCAAGAGCCACAUCAAUGUCGGCGAGGGGGUCCUGCGCGUGUGGAGAAACUGGCUCGACGACAUGGCCGUCUCCGACAAGGCGGCCCAGACCGGCGCCAGCAGCAACCAGAUCCUCUGGGUCGAUGCCGAUCAGACCGUUGGUGUGCGCUUCCGCGUCACCCCCGGUGAGGUCGAGACCCCGCCAUUCAGGACCAGAUCUGCCGACUGUCCACCUGCAUCUUAUAAGCUUGAGUACCAAGAGGUCCUCGUCCGCACAGAAAACCUCUUGAUGGCUGUUGAGCAGUCUGAAGUACAAGAAGAUUCGAUGGCCAAUACGGCCGUCGUCAUCAUGUCUUGUUAA